AGCCUAGCCAUAUUGCUUUUGUGCAUUGUGAGAUACGGAAGAAAACGUUGAGGCUUUGUUCGCCUCACUCCGUGCAUUUUGGCGGAGGCACGAGGGAAACGAGCAUCUAUAUAUCAACUCGCCUCAUGAAUUUUCGCAUUUCUUUUCACGGAUGUACCGGACGAACGUAGCAGUGUAAUGCCAGCUAAUAUUUACGCCGAUAUGAAUGCCAACAGUGGCGGCGGUUUAGAGGACCAACGCGCUUUGCAGUUGGCAUUUGAGCUAUCGCUACUAGGACUAAAUGGAGAUGACGAUGCACCCACCACGUCUAGCCCCCCUCACUCUAACUCCCCCACGUCUUUGGAGGAUGCGGCAGCACGGAAACGGAGCGCCAACAUGACCGAAUGUGUUCCCGUGCCUAGUUCGGAACAUGUAGCCGAAAUAGUCGGACGCCAAGGUUGCAAAAUAAAAGCUCUGCGAGCCAAGACGAACACGUACAUCAAGACGCCGGUGCGAGGGGAGGAGCCGGUGUUCGUGGUGACUGGCAGGAAGGAGGACGUCUGCGCGGCCAAGAAGGAGAUUCUGUCGGCCGCCGAGCAUUUCAGCCAGAUUCGCGCGUCGCGGAGGAACAGUAGUGUGUCGAGCGUCGGUUCGAACAACAGCACGGGACUCGCGCCCGGCCCGCCCAGUCCCAACGCCCCUGGGCAGGUGACCAUACAAGUGCGAGUUCCUUACCGUGUGGUCGGGCUGGUGGUCGGGCCGAAAGGGGCGACAAUUAAACGAAUACAGCAACAGACUCACACGUACAUAGUGACCCCUAGUCGAGACAAAGAACCAGUAUUCGAAGUGACGGGCCUGCCGGAGAAUGUCGAGCGGUCCCGACAGGAAAUCGAGAGCCACAUAGCAACGCGCACGGGAGGGCUGGUAGACACGGCGUCGCUGCCGCCCAACGCUAACGCCGAUGAGUUCCACAGUAACGGGCUCGACUCCGGGUUCCACGAACUGAACGGCGGAGACUUCAUGGGCUCCAUGGGCUCCAUCUACAAACCACAGUCGUCGUCGUCGUCGUCGAACUCGGCGUUCACUUCCUACGGCAGCGGCUCCGUGACCACCACCAGCAACGGCAUCCGGCGCGUGCAGGAGCCGACGAUCUUCAACUUCCCGCCUGUGAGCAGCAACGGCAGCUCGAACAAGAUGGCCGAGUUCACGAACCCCAUCUCGAACGGUUUCGGAAACAGCUUCAGUGCGUUCGGAGUGUACGAGAACAACGACGAGGGCAUCGGGUCACCCUCCUUCGACCCCAUCCCCCCAUCUCCUUCCAUGUGGCCGGACUUUAGCGACAACCACAACCAUCUAGUCUCUCUGUUCGGUAGUAGUGCUAACAACGGCAACGUCAGCGGCAACUCGCCGCCGUGCCACAGCAACAGCAGCAGCAGUCCGCGCCGCAGCAGCAGCUUCGCCGGCGGAUCGUCCCGAAUAUCGCCGCCGAUGCUGGACAACGGCAGCUGCCGAAGCGCUAGUCCCUUAAGCAAUACGAACCUGUCGACGGGCACGACGUCGCCGGGAGACCACCCCCUGGUGCGUCGCAUCCGCAGCGACCCGCUCACCAACGGCAUGAACGGUUUCUCGUCGGCGGCGUCCAUGAUGGGCGGCUGUUACACGACGAACGGCGUCAACGGCAUGUCGUCGACGUCGAGCGGGUCACCGACGAGCUGCAGCCCCGGGACGACGAGUCCCAUCCCCAACUUGUCCAGCGAUGCAAUCGGGUGCAGCGGCAACGUCAACGUCGUCGGCGGCCUCGCCCGACCACGAAAACAUUGCAUGAUCUGUUCGGAAAGCAACGUCGUGGCGGCACUCGUGCCUUGCGGCCAUAACCUGUUCUGUAUGGAGUGCGCGGGCCUCAUCAUGGGGCGACCGGCCAGUGACAGGUUCUGCCCUGUGUGUCAGCAAACACCAACUCAGGCAAUCCGUAUAUUUUCUUGAUUUAUUUUACCCAUCCACCUCUCCCCCACCCCCACCCCACUGUUUUAUUUUAUUAAUUGCCAAUGAUACUCCAAAAACCUUUUUUUUCUAAUAGCGCCCCCCCCCCCCCCCCCCCCCUUCGUUAUUUUUUUCUUCUGUAUCGUGUUUUUUGUCGUAUUUUCAGAAGUUAUGAGAUUACCGUGUCAGCUACAUACUUAUUGAUUUGUAUGAAUGGUACUAUUAUUAAUUAUUAUAUUAUUAUUAUUAUAAUAUAUGUGUUUAUUAAAUUAUAAUAUAAACUAUUCGAGGGUGUUUUCGACCGAAAUUGAAGGAUUUCAAAGAUGGAAUUGCUACUACCUAAUAGCAUAAUCAUUAACCUUUGUCAUAUUUUCAAACUUAUUACGGUGACCUGUUUGAGCCAAAAGGUGUUACCGCUAUUUUUGCCAAAAUUGAGUUACGUUUGCACACUGAAAUGAUGAAUGUCAUUCUGUCUUAUAUUGAAUUUUCCUAAAUUUUCCUGUGAAUAUUCAAUUGCACAAUGUAUUUUGUAGAAAACUACUAUCUGUAUAAUAUAAGUUGUACCUAAACUUACUUGUGAAUAUUCUAUUGCACUUUUUCUUUGAAGAAGAAGAAAGCUACUAUCUGUAUAAUAUAAGUUGUGCCAGCAAGACGGUGUUAUAUUUAUGUAGCAAACGCUGAAACAAAAAUUGAAGAUGGCACCUUUUGGCUCUAAUAAUUCAAUUUAAAUAUUCUAAAUAUACUGAGGGACAAAAACGAAAACGCGAGGUGCAGAAUAAUAAAAUGUGUUUCAGAGAGCGACAUGGAAUAGAACAAUUGAAUUUUCUGUUUUCAAGCUGACGGAUAUUUAAACGAAGAGAUUUUCUUUUUUAAUUCAUAUGAUAUUUUAUACGUUGCACCAUAGGGAGUACUUACAGAUUAUUUGUAUUUAUUUGCCCGCGUUUUGUUUGUCAUUCAGUGUAUCUUUACUCCUUUACUACGCUAAACCGUCUGAUUCACGAUUCUUUGGUCAAACCGUACGUGCAGCUUUUAUUGUCUUCCACCGAGAUCUGAGUUAGCCUUCUUCCAUACGAGAUCUGAGUUUAGCCUACGCUAACGUCAUUUUGAUCGCUAACACAAGUCUAAAUAAAAUUUUGUAUUUUUAAAAUUGUUCUUUGUGCGUUCUGGAGAUUUCGAUCGAAUACAGCCUGGAAAUAUAUAAUAUAAGCAAGCUACACAAAUGUGCGUUUAUUGAAAAGUAUUAUAUUAUACUUGUAAGAGUAUUUUAUUAUUUGAAUAUAUAUUUGUUCAGUGUUCAGAAAAAAAACACUUAAAGAUGUUCUAUAUGUGACUGUUGUGACGUCACGCUGGGAUCGCUUGAAAUGUCGUUCGGGAAUUCUCGGAUAUGUUCGUGAAACUCCGACAAACUCCGGCCACCGAAAGUGAUUUUGCUUUUAACAGAAGCCAUAUUGAAAAUGGAGAUGGAAUCGUGAAAGUUAAUUGUGGAUGGGUUAUUUGACUAGAAUCUCGGUAAUGACACAACUUGCCAGUGUUCCUCAGGGCGUUUGCUAUCGCUUCUUAAUUAAAUAAUGAUGCAUAAUUUUUUAUUAUUUCUUCCGAAGUAUGGCAUACAGGGGGGCGGGCGGUCGGACGGUCGGACGCACAUAUCUGAGCAUUCUCGCAUAUUUAAUGUCUGUUGUUUAUUAAUGUUACUACGGAUGACGUCCGUUGCCAUAGAGAUGCAAUUAACUUUGUUUAUUGUUUGUAUAUUAAUAUGUUCGAGGACAAAAAUGCGGCAUACAAUUGCGAAAAAAAGUUUCUGUUCUUUAUUAUUAUUUUUUUUAACGAACUAUAUUUUACCCAGCUGGCAAAGUAUUUUUUAGUCUGUGGAAGAAAGUGAGAUGAAAAUAGAAUUUAUUUUAUCAAUAUUGUCACGUGCCCAGGUUGGGCUUAAAUGUUUAUGAUACUUGAAUGUUUAUGCUUUUUCUUAAAAAAUAUAUUAUAUAUAAAUUAUAUAUUAUAUAUUAUUUGUAUAAAUAGAUGUACUACAAAGACAAAACCUAAGUUGUUGCACACAUCCAGCUAUAGUUUAGAAUUUUCUAUUUUAAUAUUAUUUACCAUUCUGUGUGUAUAUUGUAGAAUGACUACAAAGGUUUGUAACACGUAAAAAAGUACAUGAAGAUAUUUUUAUUUUACUGGCCCAAGAGGUCGUUACCAAUAUUAUAUUUGCUGAACUUCAGAAUUAUAAAGAUGUAAGAGUUUUAUUUUUCUGCCAUUAAAGUCAUGUUCAAGGUGA